AUGGGACAUCUCCAUCUUGUGUCCGGUCAAUGGAAACAUCUCCGGCAGUUGCUCGACUCGCAGCCCCGUGUCGUUGUAGAUGGCCAGACUUUAUCAAUUUCCGACGUGGUGGCCGUCAGCCAUUAUCAGGCCUCGGUCUCUUUAACAUCGGAUACCAACAUCAUCAACAAGGUCCAUAAGAGCACCGCCCUGUUGCGCUUAAAGCUUCGUCAAGGAGCCACAAUCUACGGCAUCACAACAGGAUUUGGUGGAAGUGCCGACGUGCGCACCUCUGACCAUGAAGAACUGCAGAGAGGACUACUGCAGCUCCUUCAAGUCGGUAUCCUUCUACCUUGUGACAAAGGCUCAGAUCUCCAUGGAGAAAGUCAUCUUGGAAUGCAAGCUUGGAGAGGGCAUGCCCUUCCAGCCUCCAUUGUCAGAGGAAUGCUCCUCGUUCGGGUCAACUCCCUGCUGCGUGGCCAUUCUGGUGUCCGUCUGGAAGUUCUAGAAGCUAUGUUGACCCUGCUGGACAAUCAUGUCAUUCCUAUGGUCCCGCUGCGUGGCAGCAUCUCAGCUUCUGGAGACUUGAUACCUCUGUCUUACAUUGCUGGCGUUUUGGAGGGCAACUCGGACGUCUACGUUGCUGUCGGUGCGCAAAGACCAAAGUUCAUGACUGCGAAAGAAGCCUUGAGAAUGAUCGGCCUCGAGCCGGUGCGGUUCGAAGCCAAGGAAGCUCUGGGCAUCACAAAUGGUACUGCUACGAGCGCCGCAGCGGCCUGUAUCGCCAUGCACCAAGCUCAUCAACUCGCCACGAUGUCGCAGUUCCUUACCGCCAUGGCAACCGAGGCGCUUCGAGGCCGGCAGUCGAACUACUACCCGUUCAUAUCCCAGUGCCGACCGCAUCUGGGACAGGUGGAGGCUGCGUCAAACAUACUACGUUUCCUUUCCGGGUCCAGGUUGACCAGAAAGGGAGACGACCAUGCCGAAGGCCUCGUACAAGAUCGAUAUCCUCUCCGAACCGCGCCCCAAUGGAUCGGUCCCUUGCUUGAGGACUUGAUGCUAGCUCAACAGCAAGUACAAGUUGAGAUCAACAGCACCACGGAUAACCCCCUCUUUGACGUCGAGACCGAAACCGUCCAUCAAGGAGGCAACUUCCAAGCGCUGGCUGUCACUUCCGCCAUGGAAAAGGUCUCGUCCUCCAUGCAGCUAUUGGGCAAACUCAUGUUCGCUCAAUGCACAGAGCUUCUCAACGCCAAGCUCAACGAUUGCCUGCCGCCCAACCUCGCCGCCGACAACCCUAGCAAGUCUUUCACUACCAAGGGGUUGGACAUCACCAUGGCAGCGUACAUGUCUGAGCUGGCCCACCUAUCCCACCCCGUGUCCGCGCAUAUCCAGAGCGCCGAAAUGAAUAACCAGUCGGUCAACUCGCUCGCGUUGAUCGCCGCCAGGAACGCGUUGGAGAUGACCGAGAUCUUGUACCUCAUGGUGGCAACGUACAUAUACGCCCUCUGUCAGGCUCUCGACCUGCAAUGUCUCCAUCUCGAAUUUUGCAACGUGGCAAUACCCGCUUUGUUAGAAGUUGCUCAGAGUUGUAUCGGGUUUCCCAGAGCCGCCGACGGAGCGGACGACAUUGCCCAGCGCUGCGGCGAGAUCCUGCUCCAGAAGUGGAACGGCCUGGCCAACCUCGACGUGGAAAACCGAGGCCGAGCUGCUGCGCGAGAAGCGAAGGGCGGGCAACUCGAGGUCUUGGCUCCGUAUUUCGAGGGCAUGCAUCCUAAGGAGUUGAUCAUUGCCAUCAAGGCUAUGGAUGCUUACACUAAGCAGUCCGCCGAAAGAAUCAGCCAUGAGUAUUGCAAGACACGCUUACGGUUUCUGGAGAACCCAAGCACAGGCGCAUAUCUCGGGGUUGCUUCAAAGGCAAUCUACAAAUAUGUAAGGAAAAGUCUGGGUGUUCCGAUGCAUCGCGGUUUGCAAGACUAUCCAGCAACGUUGGGAACCAACGGAAGCCCCGGGGAACCGGGGAAGAAGACCAUCGGCACCUUGACCAGCGAGAUCUACGUCGCGUUGCGCAAUGGGUCAAUGCACGACUUGUUGAUGGCGACAGUUUCUAGUUUAGACUCUAAGUAG